AUGCCACUGUAUGCAAAGUUUCUCAAAGAACUCAUCACCAAAAAGAGGAGUUGGAGAGAGAAAAAAACUAUAAUCCUCACCCAAGAAUGCAGUUCCAUAAUUCAAAAGGGUUUGCCACCCAAACUGAAGGAUCCAGGAAGCUUUCUUAUACCACGUACCAUUGGAAACAUGAUGACUGACAAAGCAUUGUGUGACCUGGGAGCAAGUUUUAAUUUGAUGCCACUCUCUAUGAUGAAGAAGCUGCUAAUAGAGGAGGUUAAACCCACUAGAAUGUCACUACAACUUGCUGAUAGAUCUCUCAAGAUACCCAAUGGAUUGGUGGAAAACCUCUUGGUGAAGGUUGGAAAAUUCAUUUUUCCUGCUGAUUUUGUGAUCUUGGACAUGGAUGAGGAAGGGAGUAACUCAAUCAUUCUUGUAAGACCCUUUUUACCCACAGCUAGAGCAAUAAUAGAUGUUGAAAAGGGUGAAAUGGUUCUUAGGGUUCUCAAUCAAUGUUUUCAAGGCAAGGCAAUACCCUACUGA